AUUUAUACCCUUUUUAUUACACCUUUUAUUAUUAUUAUAUAUAUUUAUACAUAGUGUAUACACGCCUCCACUCUAUUAUUAUUAUGCCACCUAAAAUUGAAGAAGAUACCAAGAAUAAAAAACCUGCUGGAAACACAAAGAGACAAAAGAUUGUAAAAGCGUGUAAAGAUUGCAGAAGACGCAAGGUGAAAUGUGAUGGUGCCACACCUUGUGGUACAUGUCGAAGAUCGUCUAUCCCCUGUGUGUUUGAAUCGACAUCACCAAAGCGAGGUACGAGCAAGCAUUACAUUGAAUCAUUGGAGUAUCGACUUUCGGUGAUGGAGAAAGCAGUAAAUUCAUUAAGUGGGCCGACAGCGGACAUCGUAAAAGAGGCUGUGCGUCGAGAAGAAGAGCAACAGCAACAGCAAUUACAACAGACCAGUAGUGUAACACCAGAAUUGAUGAUUAUAAAUGCAGAAGAUAGAUACACUUUAAAUGAGUUUGGCAGUCCAUCUUAUAUGCAAGAAUAUUAUCAAAGUUCAUCCAGUUCUUCCUCACCAAAAAGUAUCGAUAGUCAACACUCCACCACCACCACCGGCCGAUUCAAUAAUCGUCAGGAUGAAAUCGAGAUCAAUAACCAUCUGAAAUUCUAUCUUUCACAAAUACAACCUUAUUUCCCUUUAUUUGUACCCACUUAUUUCAAUCAACAGUAUGCAGCUCAAGAAUUACCAAAGAUACUUAUCUAUUCCAUGUGUGCUCUAUCCUGUAUAUAUCAACAAAUGGAAGAACAUUACAGCUACUACCAAAGAGCCAUGGUCAUGUUGGAUGAGUCCAUUGGUAGACCUUCCAUCUCGCUUGUUCAGACUUUACUCUUAUUAAUCAAAUACAAGGAAUACAACAACUCGAGUAAUUUCUUUGAGACCACCAAGAGUUUAAUGGCUAGAACAGUCGAGGUCUGUAACAUCUUGAGCUUGGAAAAGAUCAUGACAACCAAUGAUUCUGCUGCUGAAACAAGAAAACGUACCUACUGUAUGGUGUUUACCUAUAACACCCUUUUAUGUGUGGAACAAGGCAUGAUAAAUGAUUUAACCUUGCAAAAGGAGCAUUAUCCUUGUACUGUAUCCGAUGAAUCAAGCAUUGAUUGUCAGUCUCACAUCAUCAAGUUUGCAAAUACACUUCAACAGAUUCAUAAACAUGUCUCUCGUAUGAAUCAAAGACAGGACGUGCAAAAGUCCUUACGUAGUCAAAAUCAGGUCUUGGAGGAACAUAUUGCCAUCUUUGAGUUACAGGUCAAGAUCGAAUCCGAUCUACUCAAUCUGCCUUUAAAUUUAACCUUGUAUCAACAACAACAACAACAGUCUUACAAGCACCAACCUUUAUUUCCCGCUGAGGAUAUCAUUGUAACCGUAUCACCCAUGACAAGGUUAUUGCACAUGGUGUACCAUCUCAAUGUUAUUUUGUUACACUACCAUUAUUCAAGGUAUCCAUUACCAAUGACACAUCCUAAUAAUGAUUCCAUCACGGUUUACCCUCAUGGUCAACUUGCUUCUUCCUCCGCUUCCGUCAUGAUUCGUCUGAUCGAAGGCCUCAUAGCCGAUCCACUCCAAAGCUUCCGUUACUCUCCUCGUGGCCUACAAUUUCUUGUGCAUUGUCUUUCAUGUGCUUUUACUGUGCUUAAAUACGAAAUUACCAAUCCAGCCAAUCCAAAGACGUACUACGAAGAAUAUCAACGAUGUGCCCAUCUCAUGCAAAAGGUUGGUUCGGCAUCGCCGUCCAAUGAGAUGCGUAAUUAUGCAAGAGAAUUGGAUUUAGCUGCAAUCAAUUUGGAUGUAUCCUCUUUGCAGGUUUCAUCCAAUACGCCAUCUACUUCGCCUGUGGCAGAAACAAGUAAGAUACGACGAAAUACCAUCUCUCAUCGCCCAUCUCAACAACAACAGCAGCAACAACAGCAGCAGCAACAGCAACAAGUCGUACCACCUUCCUUGUUACAACUAUCGAGUGCAGGUGUCUCACAGCAGUUUACUUUACAGCAUCAUCCUUUACAUAAUAUCCAUGCUUCUCCUCUUGCAGUACAACAACAACAACAACAACAACAUCUGCAAUCACCGCAACAGCAACAACAACAACAACAGCAUCAUCCCAUGUUACGUGGUUCUACCCAAUCCUGUAAUGAUCUAAGAUCGAUGAAUCGAUUACAGUCUUCUUUAUCACCCCCUCCCCCACCUAUCCAGACGCAAUUUACAAGCAACUCAUUUACACAACAUCGUAAACCAGUGGGAUCGGUGAUAUCUUCCAGUACCACGGGGAGUUCCCAAGGCCCUUACCGGGGUAAUGGCAAUGUUCGAAAUGUGUCACCUUCUUUACCUUAUGUAAAACCAUUUGAUCAUCCACCCCAAAUGAGUCAAUCUUCUGGAUUUCCACGUCAACCUACUUCAUCCACCGGAUCCUUAUCGGGCAAUGGUGUCGGCAGCGGGGCAGCAGCGCCCGGAAAAAUGAAACGUAUUAAAAAGAGUGUAUCUAUUCAAGGAAUUUCUGCCUAUCGACAACAACAACAACAGUACCAAAAUCAUCAGAUACAGCAUUAUCAAAUGUACCAACAACAACAGCAACAACAGCAACACCAACAACAGCAAAUGAAUUUCCAACAACAGUUGACGAGUUUAUUGACAGAACCCAAUUUAUUGCAUCGACCUUAUCAACCGACGUUUGAUGACAAGUAUAUGGAAGAUGAUUUUUCAAUGAAUGUGGAUGAUUUAAGUUUUUUGAGCAAUUAUCCUGUCAUGGACGAUCAACGGUCUGAAGGGCAUCAAUUAUUAUAGGAUUUGCCACCCAAAAAAAAAAAAACAAAAAAAAAAAAAAGAAGAAACAGAUAAACACACCCCAAAAAAAAAAUAUAUAGUUAUACCCCCAUUCCCUUUUUUUCAAUAUGCCCCCAUUUUUAUAUAUAUACAUGUAUGUUUUAUACCUCAAACUAUCAGUGGAUGAACAAUAAAUGAUAGUUUUUUUUUAUAAAAAAAAAAGGGACAAAGGGAAUGGUUUUAAUCAUCUACAGUGCAAUUAUUUAAUGAUGGGAUUGUG